AUGCCCGCACAGAAGGUCCCACUGUCUCCCUCGACAGGUGAUGCCCACAUCACAUUCAGUGGUGAUCACAAUCACAACGACCCAACGGGCGAGCCAUGCAUCUUGGACCUACCGAAUGGCAAGAAGGUCAAAGUCCCUUCUUAUGCCGAUCUUCCAGCAGUCUCUGGCCUUCCCGCGGGCCGCACCUGGGGUUUAUGGGACAAUCUCUUAGGUCUUGAUGCGCCCGAUGAAUUAGGGACCUUGAACCUCCUAACCCCCGGCACAGUUCUAGCCGCUAGGCAGGAGAUCCAACAUGGGAUUAGCGUGGCGAUCAACUGGUCGUCGGAUAAUUGUCAGACUCCGCAUUCGAACAGAAGACCGCCCAGUCACAAGAUCAUGUCCUUGAGGGAGGCGCAGGGGAACGACUGUCCUUGGAUAGGUCAUGAUGAUGAGGUGAACAUGAAUACGCAGAGCGGGAGUCAGUGGGAUGGGUUGCGACACUGGGCGCAUCAGCCGACCGGAUUGUUUUACAACGGCGUAACAGCUGAGGAAAUCACCGGCCCCAACGCCACAGGCCGCAAUGGUAUCGAUCAAUGGUCAAAGAGAGGUGGCGUCGUCGGCAGAGGUGUACUCCUUGAUUAUUUCUCUUGGGCCCAAGAACGAGCAAUCUCAUACUCGCCAAUUGAGCGGCAUGCGAUCUCGGAGAAGGACCUCGAGGCAGUCGCUGCGUGGCAGGGAACCAAGUUUCGACACGGAGAUAUAUUGCUGAUUCGGUCCGGUUUUGUCAAGUGGUACAGGGAAGCCAACAGCGAGGAACGGCGAAAGGGCACGAUAGAUGGAUCGACCUGGGCUGGCGUCGAAGGCACCAAAGAGUCGGUGGAGUGGCUUUGGAAUCGGCAUUUUGCGGCCGUAGGAGGUGAUGCGAAUGUAUUCGAGGCAUGGCCUGCGAAGAACGAGAGGUGGCGAUUGCACGACAACCUGAUUGCUCUAUUCGGCAUGCCCGUUGGAGAGAUGUUUGACCUCGACGAGCUUGCGGAGAAAUGCCGGAGGCUGAACAAGUGGAGUUUCUUCUUCACCAGUGCGCCGCUGAACUUUCCGGGGGGCGUCGCGAGUCCCCCGAACGCCAUAUGCAUAUUGUAA